UGGGUUGAAGGUCAGACAUGCGCGUUGCACGCAGCCGGGUUUUCACGUGGGGGGAGCGCGCUAGUCAUUGUAUUUCAACUCGUACCACUACUCAGACGAGCAAAGCGAUCGGGUGUAUUGCAGCUUUUUUUGAAAGAUGGCAGGACAGGCAUUUAGGAGGUUCCUUCCCCUGUUUGAUCGAGUUUUAGUGGAACGCUUUGCUGCAGAGACAGUCACCAAAGGGGGUAUUAUGCUCCCCGAGAAGACCCAGGGUAAAGUUCUGCAGGCUACUGUGGUUGCAGUUGGCCCUGGAACCAAAACAAAGGAUUUUUAUAACUGGCCUGAUGAAUCCUUUGAGGAAAUGGACAGUACACUGGCUGUACAACAGUACAUUCAACAGAACAUUCGCUCAGAUUGUUCGAACAUUGAUAAGAUCUUAGAACCACCAGAAGGACAGGAUGAGGGUGUGUGGAAAUACGAGCAUCUCAGACAGUUCUGCCUUGAGCUCAAUGGACUUGCUGUUAAAUUACAGGGAGAGUGUCAUCCUGACACAUGUACACAGAUGACAGCAACUGAACAGUGGAUUUUUCUCUGUGCUGCUCACAAAACUCCUAAAGAGUGUCCAGCAAUUGACUACACUAGACACACGUUAGAUGGAGCUGCCUGUCUAUUAAAUAGCAACAAAUACUUUCCAAGCAGGGUUAGCAUCAAGGAGUCAUCGGUAGCAAAGCUGGGCUCCGUGUGCCGUAGGAUUUACAGAAUAUUCUCUCAUGCCUAUUUUCACCACAGACAGAUAUUUGACAAAUACGAGAAUGAAACCUUUCUGUGCCAUCGCUUUACAAGGUUUGUGAUGAAGUACAAUCUCAUGUCAAAGGACAACCUGAUAGUCCCCAUCCUGGAGGAAGACGUGCAGAACUCCACAUCGGGUGAGAGUGAAGCGUGAUGAGGCUGCCGCCGGCACAAUUCCACUACACACACAGCCUGAACAUUUUGUGUACAAUAUCGUUUUUUUAAUUGUUUCAAUCAUGUAUCAAUACUAUUACUUUUUUUUGUUUGGCCUUUUUUUUAUCCUUUGUGUCUUGUCUAGCUGCUUCUAAAUAAGUUCAGCCCUCUCUCUAAGUUAUUAUCAUUGAGCUCUGUAAAAGCCACCUUGUUUUUAAAUGGACUAAAUUUUCUCUGAUCUUAUCUGUUAAUAAAGUCAAACUAGUUACCCACUUUACAGACUGACGGGAAUCUGAAUAGCAACAGGGUAACCGGUGAACUAUUCAUGCCAAAAUUCAAAUUAAGUAACUGUUGACUUAAGUGAAUGAAUAAAUGCUUCAGCUAACUGGUA